AUGGUGUCAAAUGGUUAUCUUUCACACGGGGAUAAAGAUGAAUUCAAUCCCCAGAAGUGGUCGUCAACCGCGAGCCAGUUGCCAAAGCGAUCUCCAGAUACGUACCUCAAUGUCCUGAUUGUCGGGGCAGGUCUAGCUGGGUUGAUCACAGCCCUUGAAUGCUGGAGAAAGGGACACAAUGUGAUAGGAAUCCUGGAACGAAGCCACGGCCCUGUCUACACUGGAGAUAUCAUCGUCAUUGGGCCUUCCGCCAUCUCUACCCUCCGCCACUGGCCCGAUAUCUGUCGAGACCUCGAAGAAGAUCAGUCAGACAGUGUGAUGUACUAUCGGCGCCAUAAUGGUGACCUGAUCCUAGGGCCAACCACUUUGGGAUACAAUAGCCCGGAGCAUCUCGCCCAGCGACAAGACCUACCCUACGUGGCCCCGCAUCAGGUCCGUCGGAAGUUCUAUCGCAUGCUGCUGCGUCAGGUCGCCCGCGUGGGCCUAAAAGUCGAAUAUGGGCAGCGCGUCGAACGGUACUUCGAGGACGAGGCCGCUAAUGUCGCGGGCGUUGUCACGGAGGAUGGCAGCGUCCGCGUCGCGCAGCUUGUCGUCGCGGCCGAUGCAUUUAAGACGCGUUCCGACCUGCUCAUUGCGGGAGAUCACGUUCCCACGCGAUCAAGUGGCAUGUCCGUGUAUCGAGCGGCGCUGCCGACGGAGCUAGCGCUGCAAGAUCCAGCAUUCAAAGGGCGGUGGGGCGAGCUUGUGGAGCAGGGUGGCUCAAACCAUGAGUUCUGGAUCGGCCCGGGCAUGCAUCUGGGACUUUUUAUAUCGCCGGACUUUGUGGCGUACGGGCUCACGCCGCGGGAUAAAUUCCUCCAGCCGGGCGGGAAUGAGCCGAUCGAGUCAUGGGACCCGGACGUGGACCCGGCGGAGGUUCUGGAGGUGCUUCACCGUGUUCCAGACUGGAAUCCUGCAAUCGAAGGGCUGAUCCGUAACACGCCUAAGCGCGCAACGGUGCAUUGGCCGUUGCUGUGGCGGAAUCUUCGCCAAGGGUGGACGUCUAAGGGUGGUCGGGUGGUGCAGGUCGGGGACGCGGCACAUACCACAGUGCCUGCCUCCAUCAGCGGCGGAACACUGGCUAUCGAGGAUGCCGUGACACUGGCGGCCUGCUUGCAACUCGCGUGCUCUGGGGGCACCCCAGGUGGUGCACCUCUAGGAGCCCGCAUCUACAAUCUACUCCGAUACCAGCGGGUUAGCUGUGUGCAGAAGAUGUCUUUUGUCAAUUCGGAGAACCUCGGUGCCGUAGACAUGGAUGAGGUUCUGAAGAAGGAUCCCGAGAAGGUCAAGGUCAGGUUCCCUAAGUGGCUAUUCCAGCACGACCCUGAGGCGUAUGUCUACGAGAAGUAUGGGCAGGCGUUUUCGCAUUUGGUGUUGGGGACCGAUUUUGAGAAUACCAACUUUCCUCCUGGCCAUAAAUUCAAGAUGUGGACGAUUGAGGAAAUUCAUGCGGAUAUUUUGGCUGGAAAGAAGGUUGCGGAUCUGUUAGACGGUGAUUGGGAUUAG